CUACAAGUGCUCUCCAUCGUCUAAAACCACCUGUGACACUGUUUUAACGUUACCCAAUUAUCAUCUACAAGUGCUCUCCAUCGUCUAAAACCACCUGUGACACUGUUGUUGUUGUUGUUGUUGUUGUUACAGACAGACUUCAAUGUUUUAAGUUAUGGCCGAUCACUUGAUAUUUUCUCUCCAAGCUCCUACUUUUCUGAUUUUUCCUUCUUCUCUUCACCGUCCAUGGGGUUUCUUCCGGAGACUUCCCGGUGGAGUUAAGUUCUCCGUUACGGAGUUCCGAUUGUCCUCUCAACUACAGUUGGCUAAGUCCGUUUCACAUUCACAGUCUUCAGCUUCCUCUUCUUCUCCAUGCCCACCGGAGAAGUUCGAUCUCCUGUCCAGCACUCAGCUUAAGGAUGGAAGUUAUGUCUUCCGGUUUGGGGAUGCAAGUGAAAUUGAGAAAUAUCUAGAGGCUGAAGAAAAAGCGAGAUGCGUAGAAGAAGUAGAGAAGAAGCAACAUGCGAAUAUAGCAGAAGAAGCCAGUGAAGUUUCAAGGAAACAAGGGGUAAAAGAUCUUGAUCCUGUUCCUGUAUUGAAGGAAAAAUCUGAUGCGAAGAAGAAACUGGUCAGUUCUAAUAUCGAAACAAAUUCUGAGAAAGAGGAAAGUGCUGCUCCUUCCAACCUUAGUAGCAAUGUCAUCAAAAUUAAGGAUCGUAAAAGGGUUCGUGCUCCUACUAAGAAGAAAAAAGAAACUUUAACUUCGGUGAAUGUAUCACGGAGCCAAGAAGAUAAAGUUGAAGCCAAACUUGCUAAUGUAUCCAAUCUGAGCUCCAUAGCUAUUCCUACUAGCUCUACUGAAGAAAAUGCAGUUGUUUCUGAGGAAUCUGAGCCAGUUAAUGAGAAUGAAAUCAAGGUGGAGUCAUAUAAUGUGGAGCCUCUUUCUUCUAAAGUCAUGGAGAAUGUUUCAGUUAAUAAAAUAGGAGACCCUGAGACAAAUGGUUAUCAACAAAUCACUGAGAAUCGUAUGGAGGUUCAAACAAGACCGAGAUCAUCUACUUCACAACAUGGCUCACAGACCCAUGGUAUUGAGGAAGUUGUGACUGUAUCCACCAUCGAAAUUGAUGACAAUUUGGCUGUGAGGGAAAAGCCUAUGAAAACUAUUGAAGCUGAGGAGAAUCUUGUAGUUGAACCAACAGCUACAGCUGCUGUGUUUCCUGAUGAACUCAUAUCAGCUCCAGAAGCAACACCUUGCAGCGUUGAUGAGAUCGCUCAAAAGCCUGUAAUGGAUACGUCUGAGGAAAACCCUAUGAAAAAUUUUGAAGCUGAAGAGAACAUUUUAGUUGAACCUGGCUCACAGUCCCAAAAUUUGGAGGAAGUUGCGCCUGUAUCCACCAUUGAAAUUGAUGAAAAUUUGGCUGUGAGGGAAAAUCCUGUGAAAGAAAUUGAAGCUGAGGAGAAUCUUGUAGUUGAACCAACAGCUCCAGCUGCUAUGUUUCCUGAUGAAGUCACUUCAACUUCAGAAGCAACACAUUGUAGCGUUGAUGAGAUCGCUCAAAAGCCUGUAAUUGAUACGUCUGAGGAAAGCCCUAUGAAAACUUUUGAACCUGAGGAGAAUAUUUUAGUUGAACCAGAAGCAACACAUCCUAGCGUUGAUGAGAUCGCUGAAAACCCUGCAGUUGAUACGUCUGAGAUGGAAAAUGAUGGAGAAAAUGUGGCUUCAAUCAUAGAAGAUGAAAUAACUGUGAAGGGCGAAAUAAUUGAUAAUGGGAGCAUAUCUAAAACCGCCGAUGAAACAGAAGGCGAAGAUCUCCAAGUUCCUGCACCUGAAACGGCCACUCUUGAACCAAUUGAAGUGACUUCUGACAGGGAAGAACUUGUGUCCAAAGAAUUUUACUUGGACUCUGGUUUGGCUUCACUCCAAAGGCCCUAUAAGGCUUUGGCAGGUCGGGAAGAUGCUUAUUUUACCAUUCACCACAACUGGAUAGGUAUUGCUGAUGGAGUCUCUGAGUGGUCAUUUGAAGGAAUCAAUAAGGGAAUGUAUUCUCAAGAACUCAUGAGCAACUGUCAGAAGAUUAUUUCGGAUGAAACUGCUAAAAUGACUGACCCAGUUCAAGUUCUUCAUACAAGUGUCAAUGAGACUAAGUCCUCUGGAUCAUCGACAGCCUUAAUUGCUCAUCUUGACAAUAAUGAACUCCACAUUGCCAAUAUCGGAGAUACAGGAUUCAUGGUUAUUAGGGACGGCACAGUAUUGCAGAAGUCGUCUCCAAUGUUUCAUCAUUUUUGUUUUCCCUUACAUAUUACGCAAGGCUGUGAUGUCCUAAACCUUGCAGAGGUUUACAAUGUGAAACUGGAUGAGGGCGAUGUUGUCAUCGCAGCAACUGAUGGACUCUUUGACAAUUUGUACGAGAAAGAAAUAGUUUCAAUAGUUUGCGGGUCACUGGAGCAGAGUUUGGAACCUCAGGAAAUAGCAGAGUUAGUGGCUGCAAAGGCACAAGAGGUGGGAGGAUCAGAAACAGAGAGAACACCGUUUGCAGACGCAGCUAAAGAAGAAGGAUAUGAUGGACACAAAGGUGGUAAACUUGAUGCUGUUACUGUCAUCGUUUCAUUCGUCAAAACUGUCUCCACUUAAAUAUACAUCUUCGUCUGUGACUGUAAAAUGUAAAUAAUGGAGAGAGAGAUACACAGACAACAUCAUUCUAGUAGUGUUUCCAAUAUUUA